AUUCAAGUAGAAAUUGUGAGAUUGGUAGUGUUGGUUAUAUUGGUUAUAUUGGUUAUAUUGCUAUCGUAAAAAAAAAAAAAAAAUGGGUCGUACUGACUGGGAUCGCAUAUUAUCGGUGGAUCCGUCAUCAUUAACCGACGAUGAUAUGGAGGAUCUUUAUCCUGCUAUGAUAAGUUGCGACGUUGAUGAGAUCAGUGAUAUUCAUAACCUACGAAUUUUGAUGAAAUUGUCCCAAGAAGUACUGCAAUACAAGGACACUCAAGUAGAGUCGCUACUUUUAGAAUGUGGCGAAUUAAAACAGACUAUCUCCUCUUUGAAACGUAAGCCUGCUAAGCGUAAAAAGGAAGAGUGGGAUACUUCUGAUUCGAAACAGGGAACCACUGAUUUAUCUAAACACGUAGACGUGUCCGAAAGUACCGAUCACGACGAUGCUUUGCAAGGGAAAAAUAAAAAAAUUAAAAUUCUCAUGACGGAAUUAGAGACAUUGGAAAGGGACAAUUUAGUUUUAAAAGAACGAUUGACAACGUUAACUCAAGAAAUGGAGGACGCGACAUAUAAAAUGAACGAAAUGACUGGGCAACUGAAUUCUGUGCAAAUCAAGUCCAUAGAAUACAAAGAAAGAGUAUCCGACUUAGAGCGUGAGAAUGCAGCGUUAGUUACGCAGGUCGAGGAGGUAACAGCUCAGCAAUUAGACAGAGAUAAAGCGAUAGAUGAAUUUAGCACAGCUAUUGAUUCUAGAAUUAACGAAUGGAAGGCGAUAUUGGACGAGAAAGACGAAGAAAUACUACGAUUAAGAGAACAUUUGUCUCAGUCGCUCGUACAAUCCGUGGCGUCUGUCAAAGAGCAAAAUAAAUCUGAAAUCGUUCAUUUGAACGAGCAAAUAGAUCAUCGUGAUAACAUCAUACUCGAGUUAAAAACAAAGUUGUCUGAAGCCACUGUUGAGAUCAACGAGAGUGCAGCUCUGAUAGAAAAAUUAAAGACCGAUGCACAAAAGAUGAAAAAGAUCGACAAAAAGAAAGAACAGAGGGAUUUACUAAAAAAAUUACAGGACGCGAACGAGCAGAUAUCUAAUUUGCAAAUCAAACUGAACGAGGCAGAGGAAGAUGCUGAGUCGAAAAGUAGCAAAUUGUGUGAAAUAAUAGCAACGUUGAAAAAGUACGAGGACGAAGAUCAGGGUUUGACGGACGCGUUGAACGAAAUAAAAGAUCUGAAGAGCGAAUUGGAGGGCAAGAGGGGACACGUAACAGAUCUAAUCAGUGUCGUGAACAAAUUAGAAAUGUUGAACUCGUAUCAGGAAAUGGAAAUUAUAACUCUUAGAGAAAAAUUAGGUAUACCGGAAGACGAAUCGGUCUCGAUCGAGCACGCUUUAGCGAAACGUAGGGAGCAGGAAAAGAAAUUGGAGGAGCUGCUGCAGCAAAAUAAAUCGUUGGUCGAGGAAAAUUUAGAAUUAAAUUCAGACAUAAGGGUGUUGAAGUACAAACUGUCCAGGACAUCGAAAGAAAUAGAUUUUUCGGACACCAGUGCGAACGUCACGACCGAAUUUUUCCACUCGACCAAAUUGACGGACACCACGCCCGCGUGGCACUCAAAAUUGAAUGUUUCCGAGCUGCAAGAGAAUAUGCAGCUGGUCAUAGAGGAGAACGAAGCCCUUCGAACAGGGAUGCACGAAAUUUUGGACAGUAUUCGGAACCAAGAUGGGAGAAGUACCGUGGAAAUACAGUCGAGCACGUUAGAGAGGUUGCUAGAGGCGUUAGAUGUGAGACACUUGGCGGGCUGGUAUCAUCCUGCAAUGAGAUUGCAGGAGCAUUUGAACGUGGUGCAGGGCAGCAAUAGCGAAUUGCGUGGCCAGCUCAAACAGUUGAGAAAAGAGCUGCAAAGGAAGGAUAACGUGUUGCACAAAUUAGUUUUGAGCAAGCAUAGCGAGCUCGAGAAAGUAUACAGCGAAGACUCGGACAGCGAGAGAUUGACCACGUAUCUGGCCGAGAUGAAAAAUUUGCAAGAAGCUUAUAGAAACGAGGCGGAAGAAUGGGAGAGGCAAAAGACUGUCCUGAUAGAGCAAAACGACGAGCUUAAAAACGAGACUGACAAAUUGAAACUCAAGCUCGAGGUUUACGAACAGAGUGCAAAAAUAUUGGAAGAUGGCGAGGACGAGAUUCGAAAGGCAUUCGCGGUUAAGACCAAAGAGUACGUGGAAGUUUCCGGCGAAGCUUUAAUUGCGAACAGAAAGGUCGUUGCUCUUCAACGGUUGUUGAACAAAGAAACGAGGAAAGCUCACCAGGAUCGAAAGGAGGCAAUUAAGAACGAGAGCUACUUGAACAAGGCGUUGGCCGACACUACUAAACACAACAAGAUUCUCGAGCGCGAGAUGUCGAUAUUGCAGAGUAAUCUGUUCAAUUCCGUUAGCUCGACCACUCACAACGAGUUGAAGGAGAAGCACGAAGAACUGAGCAUACGUUUUCGUAAUCUGAUGGAGAAUAAUCUGACGCUGGGGAACGACGAUGCGAUAGAGAGACUGAAGAGAGAGUUGGAAUUAACGAAGCGAGAGAAAGAUCAACUCGCGGAGCUUCUCUUGAAAAGAGAGACUCGCAGCGAGGGCGACGAAGAUCUAACGAAUUCGAUGGAAAAACUGAAGGAAGCUCAGGCGAGGGAGCUUCUGGAGAAGCAACGGGCUGACCACGUGACCAGCCUGAGCGAAAUUUUGCAGACUCAGUUGUCGAAAUGCGAGGAUAGUCUGAAGGAGGUAGCUGCUGCUAAGUCCGAACUGCAGGAAGAACUGAUCGUUCUCCACAAAAGAUUGUCCAAAGAUCUGCAAUUCGAGAAAGCUCAACAAAUGGACGACAACAGGGUGCAAGAAUUAAAGGACAACAACGCGACGCUUCAGAUAGAGAUAGAGAGUUUGAAGAAGCAGCUGCAGAUUGUUCAGGAGGAAGCCAAGCAGCAAUACUCGUUGAAUUCGUUGAAAACGAUGGAGCUGGACAAUCUCAGGCAUCACAUAUUAAAUUUGCAAGCCGUCAGCGAGGACAAAGCCACGAUCUCGAGACUGGACUUCGAGCUGGCGAGUAAACAUUUGCUAGAGACGGAGUUGAACGCGCAGAAAGUUCGUUUGGAGAACGAGGUGUCGUGUCUGCAGGAGGAGCUCGAUAAAUCGAGGACGACUUGCGAGGGAUUGCGCAGUUACGUACAGGAUUGUCGGAAACAGUGCGACAAUCGUUGCAGAAUGUACAUAGACGUCAUAGGAUUUCUGCAAAAUCAGUAUGCUGGUUCCACUUCGAUCAGCGCUUUGGACAGAGUAAUCUCGUUGUCGAUGAGACUGAAGCACGAACGUCGGAAUAUCGAUUCCGAGGUGAAAAAAGCGAAAGAGUAUCACGAGAAUGCUAAGCAGCAGCAGGAAAUGCUAACCAACCGUUUACAAAUCGUUGAAAGUUUGAAAGAUAUACUGGAACAGCAGAUUGGAAGUAACAACGUCCACGAUAUCAUGCAACAGUUCUCGGGAUAUUCGCAGUAUACUAUGAGUGACUUUAAGUACAAACGAAAGAUAACGCAGCUAGAGCAGGAGCUGCAAACCGCCAACAACAAAUUUAUGGAGUACGAAUCGGUGAUAGCCGAGAUGGAGCACGAAAUGAUACAGAUCCAAAAAGCGUGGAACAAGGGCCAGGAUCACCAAUCCAAAACCGGCACGCGUAACGUGGCUAGUCAAACGUCGCUAGAGAGCAGGCACGCAUCUGCUCAAACAAGCCUCGUGGAAACGAAACCGAGAGAGAUGCAAACUGAUCCUUACACGUGUUGCUUGGACAAGAAGGAAACGAACGAAAUCGAAGUUCAGACAACUGUUUCCAAAGGGAGUUCGGAAGAUCGGAUGGAAGAAUCAGCGAAAGAGCGGAAAGAAAUAGAAAUGAGAGGAGAAAAGGAAGAAGCCACUUACUCCAAAGAGAAAGCCGAGGAGGAGGAAACGGUAGGAAAGAAAGAAGAUCCAGUGCGUGGAGAAAGAAUGGAGAAAGAGAAAGGAACGGUAGAAAGCGUGAAUGAUACGGAGAAAGAAGGGGAGGAUCAGGAGGUUUCGCUGCUCCGAGAGCAGUUGAAUCAAGCAUUGAAGCUCGCCUCCGAGCGCUCCUCCGCUUUAAUCAAGUGCGAAUUGCAGUUAGCCGAGCAUCAGGCGAAGGUGGACUCGUUGAACAAAGUGAUAGACAGCAAGGAGCUAGAGCUGGCGCGGAAGGAGAAGCUGGUCGAGGAGUACAAGCUCUCGUCUCGCGUGCAAGCUUCCGCCGGUGAUUGUAGCGAGAAGCUGGCGUUGAAGUCGACGAUAAACAGCAUGCAGAAGCUGCUCGGUCAGAAGGAGGAGACCAUUGCCAGAUAUCAGAACCUACUGAAGGAAGACAGAGACGAGCACAGUAACGCUGCGGCUCGUCUGCAGGAAGAAAUCCGAGGUUUGCGUGCUCGUAUUCUGUCCAUACAGAGCGAGACUACCAGGAGAAGCCAGCCACAGAGAGUGGACGAUGGGAGAGACGAGCCGGAAAAGUUGAUCGAGAAAGUAGGAGAAACUGGGACGAGGGUUGAGGAUGUUGAUAGAAUAAGGAACAUCGUUAUGCAGGCGGAAGAGGUUGCCAGGUUGCAGGAAAAGGUCUCUACUUUGGAGGCAGAUCUGAGUAUUACUAGGGAAUUGAGCGACCGGUGGCGUCGGCUGGCUGAAGAGAGGCUUAAACAUAUAGAUCGUAUGAGGGAAAGAUUGGAAGAACAACACAAGAGCGAACUGGAAAGUUAUCUUGGAGAAUUGACAAAAUGGCAGUCAGAAGCAGAUACGCUACGCAAGCAAUUAUGCGAAAAUCGUAUGUUGGUGACGAAAGGGAAUAUGUCUUUGAUGAAAGAGAUGCAGGAGAAGGACGAUAAGAUAAAUCAGCUUAAUUUCGCGUACCAGGAAUUACAGAACGAGGUCGAGUUAAUGGAAUCCGCGACUCGAUCGCGACAAGCGAUAACUCACGGCGAGUCCGAGUUGAAGAUACACGAAAUUACACCGAGUCAGGAUAAUUCGCAGCAACAGGAUCAUACAGACACUGUGAGGAAACAGUUGCAAUCGUUGCUGGAAAAGGAGAAAAUGUACAAGAAUGAGAUAACUGAGUUAAAGGAACAGCUUAGUCGCAGAUAUAUGACAGUGAAGACUCAAGAAAAGAAAAGCUCGCAGCGUGAGGUUCAACUUGAGCGUAAAGUGAAAUCGCUAGAGGAGGAACUUGAGAAAGCUCAAGCGCAAUUAGACAGGAAAUAUCUGGCCCAGGAGGCAAAGAAAGCCAAGACGGCCGAAGAACUCUCACUAUGGGAGAAGCAAAAGAAGUGGCAACAAACCGCCGAAAACUUGAAGGAGAAGCUCAAGGUAAAGACAGAGGAGCACGCGAAAUUAUUCACGAAUUACGAGAAACUUCGGUCAGUGGUCUCGUGCAUGGAACGAGAGAAACGAUAUUUAAAGAGUAAAUUGAAGCUAGAGAACGGCACGAUAGCUGGAAAUUUAUCAGCUCGGCCGAUUAGCUUCCGGCAAAACAUCAUGGAAGAUCUGCAGAAAGAGUGUCAAACGUUGCGAGAACGUAUCAAGGAAUUGUCGGAUAGAUUGGAGAACGAGGAUAACGAGAAACUUUUGUUAAAACUCGAGGAGCAAAAGAGACGUAUCGCCGCGUUGGAGGCAGUUUCUCAGGGUAACGGCUAUGUUGUUAGUCAAUUAGAGAAAUUGGAGAUGACCAAAGAUAUUUUGGAGAAAAUGAACUUGGCGUUGGAGGCCGAGAAUUUCGAGCUUCGUCUCGAAUUGGAAAAGGCGAACGCGGAAACGCCUAGAUUAAGGGAAAAGGUUGAACAUUUAGAGAAAUACAUAGAGCUGUUGAAAGUAGAAAAAUCUUCCGACUCGACUCCACGAUCGUCCGACAAAGACUUGCAGGACCACGGUUCGAAAAAGUCCAUCUUAGAAAUGGAGAGGACGAUCUUCACCUUGAAGGGCAUCAUCGAGAAGCUUCACGUGGAGAAUAAACGUCUGAGGCUUGGCUCGAAGAAAAAUCACAUUAUGCACCAGGGCAAAGUGUUCGUCAAUGGUCGAACCGAAGCUACGUUGCAAAGAAAUUACGAGGAGGCGCAGAAACGAAUCGUAGCAUUAGAGACUGAUUUGCAAUUGGCGGAGCAGAGAGUGACCGCGUUAGAGAAGGUUCAGAAGGAGGAAGAUAACGGUGAGAUAAAAGUCUUGAGGGAACAAUUAUACCACAAAUCUGAACUCCUAAACAAAGUGAAGCAUUUAUUAUCGAGAGCAGCCACAAACGAGAAAACUCUUCGGCAACGUGUACAGCAACUAGAAUCGAAACAGGCGUUGUCUACGAUACCAGAGUGUCGUGUAACUCCACCCACUCCCGAAUAAACAACGUCUGGUAUGUCUUCGUAACAUUAUUGUGCAUUUUAUUUACUGAACAGCGAGGAAAUAUUCAGUUUCA